AUGCCUGGUUGUUGCACUUGGAAUUGCUUCGGCCUCUGCUUCCGCCGCCACCGCCAAUCGACCAGCUCUACCGCCCCGGAUGGCAAUGCCCCUAUAGAGCUAGUAAACAUAGUCCAUCCUGCUGUUCCUGCCGGGCAUCCCGCAGUCCCACCCGCUGAGAGUGACCAUCCAUCCGACCUUUAUCAAUAUGGUAACCGCCAAAGGUGGGGAGAGUUGCGACAAAGAUGGAUCGAUGAUGCAAACGAGCCUAAUUGCACAGUCAAGCCAUUAGAUUUCGAAUUUCAAGAUUUGACGCAUAAUAAAAACAGGACACAAAGAUGGACGACAAAAUUCAACCGCUGGGGACCUGUGCCCCCCGUGCUUCAAGGUGACCUCAGGAAUUGUGGCCUUCCUACUGGUGAACAAGACUACCACGACGUCAAGAUCAUAAAAGAGUCGGUCGUUUGGCACCCUAUAAGAGGCACUGGGACUAACUUUCAUCAGAUCACAACUGCAAUGGGAGUUAUCAUUCUAAGGAAUGUACGAAGAUACGAUGGGCCUCAUUGGAGUGAAGUCGCCCACGCACAGUACAAUGUUCACUUUGACCAGAAUACCUUGAGACACAUCUACCUCGAGAACGUUAUUAACGAGGACACCAGGGUCUUUAUAGAGACAAUUUGGGCUAGAAUGCAGCCACCUAAUACCCCAGGAUUUCGGGACUCUCCAGAAUCCUUGAAUCAAGUGGCCUGGGCGUAUGAUACCCCUGAAUAUCAGGCUAUUCUAGGCACAGAGCUUGGGAAAGGAGUUGCUGCUAUCGUUUUGUCGGCAUUUCCUAGAGGUACUCGUCGUAUCACCAGAAUCGUUGUCUGGAGGAAGACUGUCAUGCAGAUUCGAUUUGAUAUCGAACAUAAAGAUUACCUAGAUACACCUAUGGAGAUGUAG